GAGCCCCCCGCUCGCGGGCGUGGGACGCGGGUGGAAAACGGGCCCCCUUCAUCCCGCGGGGCUCAGAGCCGCGGCCGCCGUCCCGCGCGCGUGCCGAGCCGCCGUGGGCCGGGGUCCGCUCGGAGGGAAGGGGCUGCCGGAGUGCCUGCCGCGGCGAUCGCGUUCCUGUUGGCGUUCGCGUCCCCACCCUGAGCCCCGGCUCCACUUGCGAUCUCUCUUUCCCCUGUUCUGCAGGCUCGCUAGCGGCGUCAUGGCUCAGAGGGCCUUUCCGAAUCCUUUUGCCGAUUAUAACAAGUCCCUGGCCGAAAGCUACUUUGAUUCUUCCGGGAGGCUGACUCCUGAGUUCUCACAGCGCUUGACCAAUAAGAUUCGAGAGCUCCUUCAGCAAAUGGAAAAAGGCCUAAAGUCAGCAGAUCCUCGAGAUGGCACUGGGUACACCGGCUGGGCAGGCAUUGCUGUGCUUUACCUACAUCUCUAUGAUGUGUUUGGGGACCCUGCCUACUUGCAGAUGGCGCACGGCUAUGUAAAGCAAAGCCUAAACUGUUUGAGCAAGCGUUCCAUCACCUUCCUGUGUGGCGAUGCAGGCCCCCUGGCUGUGGCUGCCGUGCUGUAUCACAAGAUGAACAGUGAGAAGCAGGCAGAGGAUUGCAUCACACGGCUCAUUCACCUAAAUAAGAUUGAUUCCCAUACACCAAAUGAAAUGCUCUAUGGCCGCAUAGGCUACAUCUUUGCUCUGCUUUUUGUCAAUAAGAACUUUGGAGAGGAGAAGAUUCCUCAAAGCCAUAUUCAGCAGAUUUGUGAAACAAUCUUAAACUCUGGGGAAAACCUAGCUAGGAAGAGAAACUUCACGGCCAAGUCUCCACUGAUGUAUGAGUGGUACCAGGAAUAUUACGUGGGAGCUGCUCAUGGCCUGUCAGGAAUCUAUUACUACCUAAUGCAGCCCAGCCUACAGGUGAGCCACGCAAAGUUACAUAGUUUGGUGAAGCCCAGUGUAGACUUUGUCUGCCAGCUGAAGUUCUCUUCUGGCAAUUACCCUCCGUGUUUGGAUGACACCAGAGACCUGCUUGUCCACUGGUGCCACGGUGCCCCUGGGGUCAUCUACAUGCUCAUCCAGGCCUACAAGGUGUUCAAAGAGGAACAGUACCUUUAUGAUGCCUACCGUUGUGCUGAUGUGGUCUGGCAGUAUGGCCUGCUGAAGAAGGGCUACGGGUUGUGCCAUGGUGCUGCAGGGAAUGCCUAUGCCUUCCUGGCACUCUACAACCUCACACAAGAUAUGAAGUACCUGUACAGGGCCUGUAAGUUUGCUGAGUGGUGCUUAGAUUAUGGAGAGCAUGGAUGCAGGACGCCGGACACCCCCUUCUCCCUCUUUGAAGGGAUGGCUGGAACAAUCUAUUUCUUGGCUGACCUGUUAGUCCCCACAAAGGCCAAGUUCCCUGCAUUUGAGCUCUGAAAGGGCAGCAUGGCCCCUGCAGCAUGACCCUCUGUGUGUUCCAGCCUGGGCUAAGUGCUCCCAUUGCUUUUGAAGGAGCAGAAUGAAACCAUGUACUUGAGACUUGGCUUUUUAUUUCCAUAAUUUGUCUUUAGCAAUUCAGCGCCUUCCUUUUCGUACUUUUAUUUAAAAGUGUAAGUGAAAGCCAUCUUAACUUUCUUCCAUGAGAAGGAUGACUGACAGGUAUAAUAGUAUUUUGUGGCCAUUUACAUGCAUUUACAGACUUGGAGGAAAUCUUACUCUUCUUUACUUUUAUGAAUGUAAUCAUGUGUUACUGCUCUUGAAAAUGUAAGCCAUGGCUGGUAGCAUGUUAUCCCAUCUACUGAGGAGACUGAGGCAGGAGGAUCACAAGUUCAAGGCUGACCUGAGCAACUUAGUGAAACCCUGUUUCCAAAUAAAGAGAAGAGAGAGGUCUGGGGUACAGCUGAGUGGUAGACCACUUUCCUAGUGUACAAGAAACCCUAGACCCUGUCCCCAGCUCUCUCUCUCUCUCUCUCUCUCUCUCUCUCUCUCUCUCUCUCUCUCUCUCUCUCUCUCUCUCUCUCUCUCUCUCUCUCUGUCUCUCUGUCUCUCUCUGUCUCUCUCUCUCUCUCUCUCUCUCUCUCUCUCCCUCCCUCCCUCCCUCUCCCUCCCUCCGUCUCAGCUCAGGUAAACAGAUUAUAUGUAAAUGGCCAUUGUUGGAUAUUGCCUUCCAUCUCUUCUGUUGAAUAUUUUCCCUCCAACAAAGAGUAGUUUUAUGACUUUGUUUUCUCCAAGUGGUUGAUUCUUAAAGGGAACAAAAAUACAGUCCAUGCUUCUGGAAGAAAAACUGUAAGAUUACAGACUAGACUUGGCAGCUAAAUGCCAUCUUUUAAACUUCUAUUUCCUGUCUGAACUAGAAGUGCCAUUUUCAGUGAUUCCACAUAGGCACUGUAUUCUCACAAUGUCAUCAAAACUUAAAAAUGCUUGUGAUGCACACUCUGACCUGAAAGUUAAUUCAUCAACAACAGGUCCUUUUUUCUGUUAGAAUUUGGAAAUGUUUAGUUUAAGGGUGUUUGUCCUUCAGUGUUCAUAUGAGAUCAGGAAGUAGAUUUUAGUGUGAAUUUGCUGAGACAGGAUUCUAGCCUGACCUUCAACCAACAUUCAGAAGUUUAGCUUAGGUUUUCCUUGUUUUUUGUUGACUGUGCCUGAGUGUCAUGUUACCCUUUUCUGUCAAUUGAUUUCAACAUUGAUCUUUUCACUCAAUAGUACAGAAUCUACUUAUGCUUACAAAGGAGGUGGGUAGGGAGAUGCUGUAACCAAUAACUUCUAAGAGAACAGAGCUUUUGCCAGGCGGUGGUGGCACACGCCUUUAGUUCCAGCACUCCAGAGACAGAGGCAGGCAGAUCUCUGUAGUCUACAGAGCGAGUGUCACAACAGGCUCCAAAGCUAUACAGAGAAACCCUGUCUCAGAAAACCAGAGGGAGGGAGAGAGAGAGAGAGGGUGGGGGAGGGGAGAGAGAGAGAGAGGAGAGAGAACAAGAACAGAGCUUUUGACAAGAACUCUUGUUUUUAGGAGGCAUCUGAUGUUAUACCCUCCAUGCUUGUAACAGAUUACUGUUUGCAUAUCCCAAGCGAAACAGCCAUCAGAGUCUGAGACCAUGGAGUCAGCUUGGUUUGUACAUAAAGACUUUCUGGUGCUUCAAACUCUGAACAAAUGCUUUUUGACUCCUCAACUCCUCCCUUUCUCCUCAUAUCAGACCCUUUGUAACUGACUUGGGAGCAUUUUCCAGCUUUAAUACUACAGGGUCUGAGAAUAUUUAAUGUGCUGUUUCUAUUGAAUGGAAAUCAAGUCCCCAUGGAGUGUGUUGCUAUGAGGAAUAAUUCCCUGUUAUUUUCUGACUUGCACCAAAAUAGCUAAUAUAAUGAGGAAUUUUCCAGUCCUUUAGGCUGCCUACAGCAGGAUCCAAAGAGCAGCUCAGUGCUCAACUCCUAGAGUUGGAGUGUUCCUUCUGUGGCUCCUGUACGCCAGGGACUUCUGUGACAUCCGACUCUGAAAUGCUGCUGGAAGCUGUGUUAGACUACCUGGUGAAGGCUGUGCUUUGAUGGUGUCGGUAUUUAUAAGAGCCUACCAGUAGAGCGCAUUUGGUUGGCGGGCUGUCCAGCUUUAGAAAAGAAAGCCCACUUGCUUUAGUUACAUGGCUUAUAUUCUGCCUGUACCUUCAUCUACUAUAGUUACUAAAAGAAAAAGAAGCAAUGUUCUGGUUAGUCAAGAGUCUUGAUCACAGUGCUUCCCCGGGCUUCCUGAUUAAUGUAGCCCCAGAAAGAACUCAAAGCAGGAAGAGUGUUUUGAGUGACACUCGUGUUACUGUCUGAGCUGUCUUCUACAUAUUGCCAUCCAUUAACAGACCCAUCCUUCCUCACUGUAGCUUUUUAAAACUGACUACACUGAAAAAGUGUCUGUGCCACUUGUGUCCUUAUGCUACAAAGCCACAAGAGUUUUCUGGGGCUUUUAAACUCAGGUGCAGUACAAAACCCACAUGAACACCUCCCCUCUGAGGCAGAGACUGCAGGAAAUGUUUUCACUCCAUCAUUGUGCAGAAGCACAAUGAUAUUCCUCAGAUAUUUUUCUUAUUGAUUUAAAAACCUUCCAGAGGUUGCUUCCAGAAAGCUCAGUGGUAUUUCUAAUCUUCAUCCAGAGACUGGAAGGGAAAAUGUUCUGAGGCUGUCUGGUAGUGCAUUUAUUUAUUGUAUAGUUCUGCCCUUAACUUUUCAUCAUGUAAAAUGUCGGCAUUACCAUGACCACUUCCGUAAUUCCCACAGGCAUUCACCCCAUCCCGUCUUUCAUCCUUAGAGUCAUCAGGUUCCCACAUGUCACAUCCAUUUGACAUCAGAAUCCCCAUGUAGCUAGAGUUAGCUAAAGGGGUUAAGGGUGUUUUUUCUCCUUAUUCCCAUUUCACUGAGUAACUGAACGGCAGCACUCUGCUCCUGUAUCCUCGGGUCAGUUUGUAUCUGGUCUCACAGUGCCCUUGCCUUCUACCACCUAAUUCUGAAAUAAACAACGUGAGUAGGAACACUCACUUAUGAACUUCUUAGGCUCCUAGAAAUAGGUGUAGUCCCUGCUUACUCAUCCUGCAUUCCAGUUCCUCUUCUGCUUCCCUGAGACAUGUUAGAGCAUGUUUCUGAGUUCUCUAGACCAGCAGGCUGUGGGAGAAAUGUUUAUAUCCUGUAAACUGCAAACAGUCUUGGGACCAUUCGGGGAUCACCCAAGAUUACAUUGACACUUUCUGGGAAGGGCUGGGAUCAUAUCUGUAUUGACUGACUGGCCUUCAAUAAAAUUUUACUAGGCCUGA